AGUACCCGAACGAACAAACUUUUCGCUACUGUGAGAGAGUUCAGUUUUAUUUAUUUAUUCUGUUAUAUUAUUUUAACCUGUACAGUUGAAAGUAUUUGAUUAUUCUUUUACAGUAAAAUACGUUCGCGCUCUUGCGAAGGUUCUCGUGUGGUUCGUUUUUGUGUAUCCGACAUAAUAAUGGACCAUACACAAAUUGCACCCUGUAAAUUGAACCGAACGGGGGAAAAGGAGUAAAGUCGAGAAGUGGUGCUUAAUCUAACACACGUCAUGUAUCCUGUUCCAGUUUGAAGCGUGGCGCGCUUAAAUUUUUUUUUUUGCGCUUGUAAGGUUUGUUUUUGAUACAUCAUUGCAAUAUCUUUACUUUAUUAAAGUAAAGACUUCCUAAAAUGAAUGAAGAAACGCACAAAUUAUCAGUUCCCACCAAAAAUUAUAACCCGUGUUUCAAUGAUGCAGUGAAUAAAACCUUGCAUAGGUUUGGUGCAAAAGCAAACAAAUGUUUACUGGCAAGAAAACGACAAAUAGUCCAAUUGACCGAAGGUGCAGGGGAGAUCUACCGCCGGAAACUGGAAGAGGCGUGCGCGGCAGAGGCCGAGGAGUGGUCUCAGUGCCGACGGUCCCUGCACACCCGGUGCGGGCCGGUCCUGGACCACCUGAAGGGGCAGCUGCCGUCCGUCGAGAAGUCGGGGGAAAUUGUUCUGAAAGCAAUCUUGGAGCAGAAAGCACUGCUGCAGGAAGUGUCAAAACACCAGGCUGAAAAAGUGGAACAACUGAAGAACGUAAUCAAGCAGUUCAAACAGCGCACGGAGGCUCGCGAAGAAUACCACGCCAAUCUCCAAAAGAGACUGCCCAAAGACUUCAAAACUGAACUAUUAAGUUUGCAACGUGACAUAGUGCAGAAAACUAACAGAGAAGACAUUGAAAGCAUGAAAACCAUAAUGAAAAAUAUUUACUCAUAGAAGUUAGGAUGCAUUAUAAAUUUGGUAUGUUUACUGAAAUAUGUGCAUUGUCUUAUGUUAAUUAUUGUACAGCAAGAUCUUUUUUUUGUUUUUCACAGAAAAUAAUUAUAGGUAUUACUCUUCAGCAUUCAUUUGUAGUAAACAUUGUUGCAUCCAUCUAAAAAGCUAAAUAUAAUCCCAUUUAAAAAAAUUUGGAUGUUUUUUUAUUUUGGAUUUGGUCCAGCUCUUCUUUUUCAUUAUAAAAAGUUCCAUACUUAUCUCGUGUUAGUGGUUCUGUUAGGAAACAAAAAUAUUAAAUUAGUACAUACUAAGUCAUAUACAAAUUGGUGAAAAGCAUGGCAUAACAGAUUUCAGUGGUCAACAAAUCAAACAUUACCCUAAUGCGGCAUCAAGACAGACCCAACAUUUUCAAAUCGCUGCUAACAACCGUCCAUGCGACUAUGAUGAUAUUAUGUUUUUUGGCAUUCAAAGUUUUAGUGUUUACAGUUUCCAUUAGCACAAAACAUUCUCGAAUCGAGGCUACGGAGGCUGUUGGAACGAGGCACAACACAAACACUUCCACAGAGGUUCUGCAAAUAUUUAUAUUGCCACUUUUUUUCCCCAGUUGUAAAGUGAUGAGUAAUAAAUCUUUUUUAAACCUUUCAUUCAAGAUUCUUUAGUAUGAAAGGCAAAUAUACUUCUCUCUCUCCCUCUCUCUCUCAAAAAAUAAAAAAUUAAUUUUCACAGUGAAGACUCGUUAAUAAAAACCAUGUUAAUACUAAAUGUUCCUGCAGUCCCUACAAAUUACCUAGGAGUUAUACUGAUAAGUAAGUAUGGUUGUUAAGUAAUACAAAGUUGGAAGUUGUUUUUGUUCCAAGAGUAAACAAUUAGUCAAUUACAUGUAGUCAAGAGUGGUUAAUACAAAUAUAUCAGAUUAAUGUAAAGAAACAAUGUGAAGUUUCAAACAAAAUAAUACUGAUGCCAAUACUUUGGAUCAUUCUAGGUUGGGGAAAAACCUUAGAAAUUCCAUUCUUUCAAAAUGUUGUUAUUAUGUCUUGUUUUAGGUAAUUUCUAAACCUUUGCUUUAAUAUUCUGCAUUUAAACCUUUUAAUGUGAAACCCUAGACCACAUUUUUUUUAGUCACAGGUAUUGCCAUCCUAAAUUGGUAUUUUGCAACCUCAAAAAACAGUACAUUUGGUACAGUAUAAACUUUAUUUGAAUUUGAUUUAGAAAUUUCAAAUAAAUUGUGAUUAAAUUUUGUAAUAGUUUGGUUAUUACAAAUCUCAUUACUGCAAAGUGACAAAAUUAUGGUCCCUUCAGGUUUGUAUUUACUGUUUUGCUUUCUGAUUUAUAUUCUAUAUGAGGACUUAAAUCACAUUAUUAAUUUUAAUAUCAAAUUUUUAAAAUCACACAAUUUGCCUCGUCCCGACAAACAAAAACAGCAUACAACAUUCAUGUUUAC